UUCAUGAAGCACGAUGAUAAUUUCCAAUCAAAUAUGUCGUUAUAUCGAGCUCCAAUAGUUGGAUAAAAAAUGGCGGCUGUUGUUGGACAUGGUUUACAAUAUUGAUGCAUAAAGUAUUUACCGAUUUCGUUGAUAUCGCAGCAGGUUUCCUAAGAGAAUCACCGCACGUAACAAUGGAUAUCGCCGAGGAUUUCAACGAAAUUGACGAUGAUAUUAUAUUUUAUGCAGUCUUAUAUUCCAGCGUGACAGUUGUGUUUGCAAUGGCAGUGUUAUCCAAAUUUUUGACACACGAAUUUAGAUUCGGUUUCAGAUCUGUUUUGAGUUUGAUUGUUCUGUUUCUUGGAGAACCUUUAUGCCAAUUUUUUAUCAAAGGUCCAGGAGGUGUUUUGACAUUUGCCGUAUGCUGUCUACUGAUCUAUUCUGUGUUGCCUGCAAGUCAUUUACCAGUGGGAAACAAGGCCGUUUUGAUCACAGGUUGUGAUAGUGGAUUUGGAAGUGCCCUGGUGAAAAAGCUCGACAGUAUUGGUAUGAGAGUGUAUGCUACUUGUCUGCAUGCUGAUGGACCAGGAGCUAUUGCUAUCCGCAACAACUGUUCUGAAAGGGUGUGCGUCUUACAACUGGAUGUCACCAAUACCAAAGAAGUGGAGGAUGUUGUAAAUUUUAUACAGGUUCAUGAAGGAGAAGAUGGUCUAUGGGGACUUGUGAAUAAUGCUGGAGUAUGGUACUUCUCCGAGAUCGAGAUGACAUCAGAUGCACUGUUUCACAAGAUUUUAGAUAUCAACUUGUUCGGCACGAUUCGUCUAACUAAAGCUUUGUUGCCUCUUAUACGCAAGUCCAAGGGAAGAAUUGUUAAUGUGUCCAGUCUUUUAGGGAGGAUAACAAUGGCAGGAAACGGUGCGUACAGUGUAUCUAAACACGGGCUGGUCGCCUUCACCGACACACUCAGACAGGAGAUGAAGAAAUGGGGGGUACAUGUGGCAGUCAUAGAACCUACAGGCUUUUAUACAGAGAAUAUGAAAGAACACAAUAUAAAGAAUAGGAAAGAGGAAGUAUGGAGUUCUAUGGACGAGAAUGCCCGCCAUACCUACGGUCAGCUGUAUCUCGAUACAGUGUAUAACAGUAUUGUGGCAGGCGCCACACGCUACCCGGACGACCUAACACCAGUCAUAAGAGCUAUGCGUAGUGGACUUCUUUCAAAGCGUCCCCGCGCUCGCUAUCCGUGCGGGACAGGUGCAGACUUACUGACAAUGGUGUACCCUUUGUUACCUGUAUGGGUUGCUGACAAAGUGUCCUCCGUCAUUGGCAUUAUGCCUUUGGAUGCCCGCCCGGCUACGCUCAGCUGAAUUAUCAUUUUGACUUGUCAUUUCAGCAAAGUGAUCUGACUUAUUACAUGUGCUAAUAUUUACAUUUUAUGUGCUUGCUAUGUUAAAGAGUAAAUGUAUAUUUAAUUUAUAUAAAAAAAAUCUGUUUCAAGACAAAUCUACCGGUUAUAAGUUAUUUUUUAUCUGGUUUUGUUUAAAAGUUUUACAUCAAGUUUUUUUCAUUUGUUUUGAGGUAACUUUUGGGGGAGAUCUUCCAAAUUUGCAUAUUAUUUUUUCUGUUUUUUUCUUGUUUCUUAAUUAAUGUUCAUUUUAGUAGAUCAUUAAAAAUUUGUUUGAAAUUAUAUCAUACGUUAAUGAAUAAUUUGAUUUGUUUCUGUAAACAGUUGAAUACAUUCUACGGGAUAUGGUUUGUUAUUCACAUUCCAAUUUCAUAAAUAUUAGAAAAAUCAGAAGAUUUUCUUCCAAAUGUCUGAAAUUUUUUUAAAUAACACAUUUCAUCACUUUCCACUUGUCACUACCAUAAUAUUGUGUCAGUAUCCCAAAUUUAGAAACACAAUGGUAACCAUACAGAGCAUGGAAAUAUAGGGUAAUGUGUGAUGUUUAAAUUUUUUGUUAUGUUUGAGCUUAAUUAAGAAAAAUCUCUAAUAUAGACCUUAAUUGAAAUUGAUAUUGUGUAAUGUAAAAACUAUUCAGCUGAAUUUUGUGUCAUCCUUAUAAGUGUAAAUUUGUGUCAUCCAUUUUGAAAAAGUGUCUCUUUUUAUGUAAUUUUUUUUAUAAGAAAAACAAAUCUUUCAAAGGUGGUUUCAUUAAUCUUAAACGUUAAAACAAAAAUAAAAAUAAAAUAAAAAAUAAUAUGUCAUUAUUUAGAUUUAAAUACUAAUCUGAUACCUUUUGAAUUGAUCUUAAAUUGUGAGAUGAAAUAUGAAUAAAAUUCUAUAGAGAUAUUAUAAACAACUAGUUCAACAACAACAACAACAACAACAAAAUCCAAUAUGACCCACUCACCUGAUGACAACACAACUAAUAUGAAUAAACAAAUUGUUGUGUUUAACAUUAUCUAUCAAGUCACACAGUUUUUGAUUUUAAUAGAAAUACAAAAGGCCACUAGAAUAGUCAUGAAAAAAAAACAAUGUGUUACUGGGGGACUGCAAGCUGUCACAGAAAACAACUGGUAACACUUAAAAAUUUAAAGGACAAAUUUCAAAUUCAAGUAAUUUUAUAUGACACUUUAAAACAAUUGAACAUAGAUUAAAUGUUUUAGUUUUUAAAGUGAAGUUCUGUUGGAAGUUCAAUCAUACUGAAGGUAGAAGUGUUAUGAUAAACAGAAAAAGUUUUUCCUCCAUACAUAGAAUGCCUUGUCCAUCGUGUACAUCAUAUAGAUAUAUACAAUGCCAGAUCUUAUCUUAGUAUUGUGUUUGAUAUGGAUGGUUUCAAAAUAAGAUUUUACAAGUUUUUAAAUGUAUUAAAUAUAUCGACUUAGAUGCUCUAACACAAAAUUUGGUUUGCUUGGAUUAAAAACAUUUAAAACAUUUUUUUCAAGAAAUUUUGACAAAGGCAAUUCCAUUAUGGGAAUUAUGGCCCUGGUUCACCAGAAAUUAAUGUAAGAGCUGAGUGGGGCAAUUUUUGUGACACGAUAGCUCACAGUUAUUUCAAUCCUGAGGCCUAUUAUUGACACAUUAAUUAAGAUUGAUCGAUUAUCCCGCCGUACAUAAAGUAUUCCCUUAUGCCUCCAACUACCAUAUUAGUGUCAAGAAUUGAAUUACAUGUAUGAUGGUAUGAUUUGUAGAAGAAUAUUUUACUUUUUUUUUUUUUUGCUUUUCAAAUUUCUUAGAUUUUAGCAAUGAUUGAGAGAUUUGAUACAUGAUUUCUUGAACUAGAGCUGGUCCUGGUUUCAUCAAUAUUUCUUAACUGAAAAUUGAAGGAUAUUACUUAACUUAAAAUUUGUCAUUGGAAAGCAUUUUUGAAUUUAAGAAUUUAGAAUUUGCCAUGGUAAAGCAUUAUGAGAUUAAAAAAAAAAAAGAAAAAAAAAUUCUCUUCAUUAAUGACCUUUCCAAUCUGAAACACUUUCCUAUGGAGAAAUAAUGAUAAAAUUGAUACCUUGAAGGACAAUAUCAAAAUAUACAGUAGAUUGUAGAUGAGUUCUAGAAAUUAUCAGCCUCAUAUGAAAUGGAACGCCAUACGAAGAUAAAAUUCAGAACUAUUAAUUAGAAUUUAAAAGGAAGUUUUCAACCUGUUUUGUUUUAUAUGUAAUAUUUUGUAUUCAUCAAUGACUUUGAAAAGUUGUUAAUAUUAAAUUAUAGCAUGAAAAGUUGUUAAUAUUAAAUUAUAGCAUGAAAAGUUGUUAAUAUUAAAAUAUAGCAUUUAAUAAGGUAUAUUCUCAUAUACAUCAUAAGUAAGUCUUAUACUUCAAUCUAGGUCAUAUUUUAUUAAUCAAUGCAAGAGAAUAUCAACAUAGCCAAUGCAAAUUCCUGUACUAGUGUUAGCUAAUAUAAAGUAUAAAAUAUUCAUAUUAUAAAUCACCAAUAUUGGAAAAGCAGUUUUCCUAAACACUUAUAUAUCAUAUUAAUUGGAAAUCAGUUAUUUUUGUCAUAUCUUAAUUACUAUACAUUAUAUUACCCUGGUAAUACAGAAUGAUAGUGUGAAAGUAAUUUUAGCCAGCUUUGAAGUGCUAUAUGUGUGCUGUCAGCAGUAUCACAAAUUUUUCUGACAUUUUGUUGACUUUUUUAUGUCUAACAUCUGCUCUGAAUCUUUGAUCUGUUAUCUAUUAAAUUCAAUAGAAAAAUAGAUUUUAGGUAUCGAAAUAUAUUUAUUUUAAUAAAAAUUUGAUUUGCAGCCCUGAUCAAAAUUGAUGAGAAACAAAAUCUGUUAAAUACAUUUUUAGUGCUUUGUCAUUUCCAGAUCUGAUAUCAUCUCAACCCUUUCUUGUUCAUUUCAUAGCAAUAUUUUUUUU